UCUGAAGCAGCACUUUAGUCUGGUAUCACCCACAGUGCCAGGAGGAUCAAGAAGUUUGGAAGUGCAAUUUUUCUUUAUAUUUACUUUCCAUUUCACAGAACUCACCCUAAGUUGCUUUUUCUCAAUUUUAUUUUUAAUACAAAAUAACUGGACAUAGAGCUCUCAGGUGGAUUAUCACAGUGCUUCCAGAAGAACUAUCAAACUUGAAAGAUUGGCUACCCUGAUUAAGAAGAUAUGAAAGAAUACACACUCCUACUCUUCUUGGCCUUGUGCUCUGCCAAACCUCUCACUGGUCCUUCAUAUUUUACUCUAAAGAAUAUGAUGCUCCAGGAUAUGGAAGAAGAAGAGGAUGAUGAUGAUGAUGAUGACAAUUCUCUAUUUCCAACCACCGAACCAAUUAUGCCACUGAUUCCUUUUGAUCUUUUCCCAACAUGCCCCUUUGGAUGCCAGUGCUAUGUGAGAGUUGUCCAUUGCUCUGAUCUAGGCCUGACAUCCAUACCUCGCAACAUUCCACCAGACACUCGUAUGAUUGACCUUCAAAACAACAAAAUUAAAGAGGUCAAGGAAAACGAUCUCCAGGGACUCACAUCACUUUAUGCUCUGGCUUUGAACAACAAUAAAAUAUACAAAAUCCAUCCUAAAGCCUUUCAACCAACAAAGAAGCUACGGCGACUGUAUUUGUCCCAUAACCAGCUAACUGAGAUUCCAACUAACCUACCAACAACUUUAGCAGAGCUCAGGAUUCAUGCUAAUAAAGUCAAGAAAAUCCCCAAGGAUGUAUUUAAAGGAAUGAAGUCUCUACAUGUCUUAGAAAUGAGUGCAAAUCCUCUUAAUAAUGAUGGAAUAGAGCCAGGUGCUUUUGAAGGAGUAAAUAUCUAUCAUAUAAGAAUUGCAGAAGCUAAAUUAACUUCAAUUCCUAAAGAUUUGCCUUCCAGUCUGCUAGAACUUCAUUUAGAUGACAACAAGAUCACGACAAUCGAACUUGAAGAUUUUAACCGGUACAAAGAUCUUCAGAGGUUAGGCCUUGGGAAUAAUAAAAUCAAGGAUGUGGAAAAUGGAAGUUUUGCCAAUAUACCAAGUAUACGUGAAAUCCAUCUUGAAAAAAAUAAGCUCAAGAAAGUUCCUCCUGGAUUACCUGAACUGAAGUACCUGCAGGUUGUCUUCCUCCAUUCUAAUAAUAUUGCAAAACUGGGAGUGAAUGACUUCUGCCCAACAGGAAGAAGAAAGAAGAAAGCACUAUACAGUGGUAUAAGCCUCUUCAAUAAUCCUGUCAAGUACUGGGAGGUUCAGCCUUCAACCUUCCGGUGCAUUUUAGCCAGAAACAGCGUGCAACUAGGAAAUUUCCUCAAGUGAUACCAAAGGUGGUAAUUUCAAAAAGCAACUUGUCCAAAUCAGCUCUACAAUACUUGAAAUUGCAAGAAAAUGUAAAUUUUACACUAUUUAACCAGUUUACAAAGUAUUUACUAUUUCAGUGGUAAUUAGAAACAAUAUGUUAGUAGCAGCUAUUGUAUUGUUUGACAGUGUUCAACUUACAUUUGAAUAAUUUAAACAAAAGCCUUUAUAUAUUACAGAAGAACACUUGGAAGUAGAACUGGAAACUAUAUUUGAUGUUUCCUAUUAUAGACAUUAAAUUCUUUAUAUAAUUCACAUAGUUUUGACAUUUUCUUUCAAAUACAUUUUAGAAAUCAAAUGGAAUUUUGACUUUUUUCCACAAUAAGAAGUUGCAAAAAAAAAAUUUAUCAGGCUUCAAGGACUUUUUGUGACAUUUUUGAUAAUCACCAAGGAUGCAAUAAUAAAGGUACAAUAUUGUGAGGUUUUCUGUUGCCUAACUAGAACAUAUUUUUACAAUCUAUUAAGUGAGAUAAAGCAGGUUUCAUAUAAAGAACUAACAUGCAAAAAAACCUUUAAAAGUUUUUGGUAUUUUUUCUUGCAACUUUAAGAGGGAAAUGUCUUCCUGUCAAUAGAAUUUGAUGCACUCUGAACAUUACAAAGUAGGAUUCAAGAUUUAUCAUAUGCUUCAAGCUUAAUAAUAACAAUUAUUAAACUCCCUUUAGGCCAGCACAAAUAUUUUCUUUUACCUAUAAGAAACAUAGUCAUGUUUCCAAUUUAAUUUUUCCUCCUUUAUAUUUUGACAUCACAUAGGUUAAGAAUGCCUCAUCAGUAUAAGUACCUUAAAAUUGCUGAAUGCAAGCAGAUAGCUGGAACUCAACUGCCCUGACUUCUUAUGUAGGUCAGCACACUGAUUCUCAGUACUGACAGUACUGCAUAAAAUGGGUAUUUUAAAUAAAAUCUCUUUAGUGUGUAUUUGCUAUUGGGAUCCAAAAAUA